CCCGAUGGCACCAGCGCGCCCCUGGAGAUCGUGCUGCUGGCCAAGGUGUCCUGUGGCUGUGCCGGUGUCAUUCAGCUCCUGGAGUGGCUUGAGCUGCCCGUCAGCUUCCUGCUGGUGCUGGAGUGUCUGGAGCGGUGCCAGAAGCUCUCGGGUUUCCUGGCGGAGCGUAGGUUCCUGCCGGAGGAGGAGGCACGGGAGCUGUUCCGCCAGGUGCUGGAGGCUGUGCAGCACUGCACCAGCUGCGGGGUCCUGCACAGGGACAUCAAGCCCGAGAACUUCCUGCUCGACCUGGCCAGCGGGCAGCUGAAACUCAUCGACUUUGGCUGUGGCGCCUUUCUGCAAGACACAGCCUACACCCAGUUUGCAGGAACCUUGUCCUACAGCCCACCAGAGUGGAUCCAGCACCAACGCUGCCAUGGUGAGGCAGCAAUGAUCUGGUUCCUGGGCCUCCUGCUGUGCCACCUGGUCAUGGGGAAGCACCCAUUCAGGAGAGCCCAGGAGGUCAUCUGGGGGCGGAUCUUGUUCCCACGAUGGCUCUCUCAAGAGUGCCAGGACAUCAUUAAGAGGUGUUUGUCCAUGCAACCCUCAGACAGGCCAUCCUUAGAAGAGCUUUUCUGUCAUCCUUGGGUGCAGGGUGUUCCUCUGCCCUAG